UUAUCCGGAUCGGUAUCGAUCCAUUAUUGCUCAAAGUUUCAGGAUCAAACAUUGACAAAAAAACAACUAUAGCCUGUCCGAUCCGAUACCUAAGGCCCUAAUGCUCAACUUAACUUUGCGUAACAUGCCGGAAACGGAAAAAGAAGGUAUUGGACAGUUAUGGGUAUCGGCAGAAAGUUUCAGUAUCGGUAUUGGUAUCGGACAUGGAAAAGUUGUAUGAAGCCAUCUCUAAUAAAAAGCUGUGUUAGCGCUUACUUUAACAAUUAGCGGAAAGGUCUAAAAAUGUGGAAUGUGUGGAAAAUAGUAAAGUAAAAAGGGUAAAAAAUUGAAUAAAAAAAUGUCCCAAAAAUAUACCGCCAAAAAAGUAUAACUGAAAGUUUAAAGUAACAUUUAAGAAAAUUGCAUUGGAAAUACCUACAGUUGACCUGGAAAGUUGUUUCGAAGUAAAAAAAAUAAAUUAGGCCAACAACCUAAUCUCUGGGACGGAAAGGUUUGUUUCAAAGGAAUCUUAAUGAUUAUUGAGUGAGGAGACAAGGGUCUCAUCUGUCUGCCUUUGACUCCUCCUACUGAGGUUACCACCCUGGAUGGCCACAGACUAUUUUUCAAAGCAAAGGACAUUUCAAGUGGGAUUGUACCUGAGUAGACUUCUGGCACAGGAUUUUUUUAAAUUUUUUUUUGGUAUAUAUACUGCAGAAUCUUCAGCACCUGCUUUUGAUGCGCAUCAAUGCACCAUGCUAAAACUUAGCUUCGAUGAAAUUCUCUGCCAUAUUGGGGGCUUUGGGAAGUUUCAGAAAACUUUGUACGUAUGGAUCUGUCUACCUCAGAUCUUUCUUGCAUUCCACAUGCUCGUCUCCAUCUUCACUGCGGCAGUUCCUCCACAUUCAUGCCGCUCUAUCAAGAACUCAACGGAAUCCCAGGCUUCUUCCAACUUCAGCCUUGUCCCCGAUGGACACCUUGUGUUGACUUGCUCUGCCUUGCUCAAUUACAGCAGUGUGGUCAGGAGUCAUUCUGGAAAGCCACGUGAGAUCUGUGAAGGGGGCUGGGAGUACAGUACUGACACUUUUCAAAACACUGUUGUAACUGAGUGGGACUUAGUUUGUGAUCGUUCCAACAUGAACAACAUUGGCUCAUCAAUCUACAUGUUCGGACUCCUCGUCGGGGCUAUAUUGUUUGGACCCUUAGCUGAUAAGUACGGUCGCAGGAUCAUCAUCCUUAUCAGUCUGGCUCUCCAGACUGUGUGCGGAGUUGGAGCCGCUUUCGCUCCUAACUUUUACAUCUAUACUGCCCUUCGCUUCCUGGUUGGACUGUCAGUGUCUGGAGUCAUAAUAAAUGCUUUUGUUCUUGGCACAGAAUGGACGGGAGCUAAGCAGAGGAUGCUGGCUGGUAUAAUCACUGACUACAGCUUUGGAUUUGGGUACGUUCUCCUAGCUGGCGUUGCUUAUCUCAUCAGAGACUGGCGAAAACUUCAGCUGGCAAUAUCUGCUCCUGGAUUCUUCUUCCUUUUCUACAUUUGGGUGUUGCCAAAGUCUGCUCGCUGGUUGUUGGCCAGUGACAGGACUACAGAAGCGUGGGAGCUGAUCCAGAGAGCCGCACGUGUCAAUGGGAAGGACUUCUCCUUAGAUGUGGAGAUGUGUCAGCUCUCAAAGAAGGAAGAGAAAACUCUGCGUCAGAAACAGUAUACAUGUUUUGAUCUAUUUCGAACCCCCAAAAUGAGGAGGCAGUCUCUAAUUCUUUUUUAUCUGUGGUAAGUGAACAGAAUUAUCUACUAUGGUCUGUCACUCAACAUCUCGGACUUUGGGAUGAACAUCUACCUGACCCAGAUGAUCUUUGGCCUGAUUGAGGUUCUGGCACGCACCAUUAUUUUGUUCACUCUUAAUUACUCCCGCAAAAUCUCACAGAUAGCCUUUUUGGCUGCAGAGGGCACCGCUUGUCUGCUAAGCAUCUUCACCCCCACAGAGUACCCUCUAGUGGCUACAAUCCUUGCCAUGGUUGGGAAGUUUGGAAUCACAGCCCCUUUUUCCAUUAUUUACGUUUACUCAGCUGAGGUUUUUCCCACUGUCGUUAGACAAAAUGGAAUUGGCAUGGCCUCUAUGUGUGCUAGAAUCGGAGGCGUCCUGGCACCUCUGAUGUUCUUUCUAAGGCACAUCAGCCUUGAGGCUCCCAUGGUGGUCUGUGGAAUAUGCCCAUUACUGGGCGCUGCCCUUACAGUGCUGCUACCCGAGACAGCCAAUAGGCCACUACUUGACACUAUCGAAGAAGUAGAGGGAAGCGACGUCAGCAAAUUGACUGACUCUUUCUGGAUCAAAUGAAACAACAAAGGGAUGGACUGACAAACACAAGCUGCAUAACCACUGUGAAUGUUGUUACGUUCUACAAGUCAGUAGUCUUCAAGUUACACCUGUGGAUUCAUUGUUGAAGUGCGAGAUACCUUCGUGUUCCUGAAUGGCAUGAGGACGGCUUUUCGGAAAGAAUGAAUACAUUCUCAGUGACAAGGUGGCCGACCCCAUGUUUUGAUUUGUUGACGAUCCCUAUGAGCACUACUUUGUCUGGCUUUUCCCCAGACAUUGCUUUGUUCAAUAAUUAAUUUAUGGUUCAUUGUAUGAACGUGCGCAUUUCUAAUGUUUAGAUUGGAUGGUCUAACAUAGCUUUAAUAUGUAUAUAUGUGUUAAACCUGUGUAACUUAUAACUAUAUAAGUCUAUAUCAAAAAUUAGGGAACUAGAGUAACUCUUUUUAGCAACUAUUUUUACUGUUAAGUAAAAUGAAUAUGGCAUGUAUAAUAUUUUGUCUUUUUUAAUGGUUGAUUGUGAGUUAAAACUGGGUUGCUGUGCUAUAUUUGGUGGGUCAAGAGACCAAGCUAACUUGUACUGUAAUUCAACCCAUAGUUGUUUUCUAAUGGGUAUUGGCAGAAAUAAAAAAUAUUUUUUCACAUUUUUAGAUACCAGUGAUAAAGUUUCCUAUAUACAUUUUAGGCCAUAUAUGUAAUUUCUAGCAUGAAUGCGACGCUUUGUCGGACCUCCUCGAGCUUUUAUUUUGU